AUGUCUUCUUGUCAACAAUGCAGUUGCAAGAACUUCCAGGCCAACAGGUUCAAACCUUUGUACUGUUCCAUAUGUCUACAUAAUCAUACACAAAAAACAUCAUCUCUACAGCAACUGGUCCACAAUGACGCUGUUGCCAAGCCAAACACUACAACACCACCAGUGACCUCAACCCAGCCCAAGCUUGCCAAGUCAUAUUCAUUUUCUGGAUCCAGUCCUCAAUCACCUCAGCCAUCAUCAUCACUGUCCACCUCCACCAAGGCAGCACCUCCACCUACGCCUCCAAAGACUACAUCUUCUACAUCCAUAUCAACAAAGGAUCGUCCCAAGGCACAGGACUUCUCCAAGAACAAACCAGCGGCAUCAACAUCUAAAUCAUCAAAGUCCAAGAGCAACAGCAGCAGCAGCAACAGCAACAACAACAGCAACAGCUCUUUGAAGACAAAGUUUGCAGGAUGGAAAGGCGCCAUUCAGGGCAAGGUGAACAAUUUGAUGGGCGAUGGAAGUGGUGGAUCUGAUGAUUCUUCAAGGUCAGGUGAUGCUGUUAUGGAGAUUUCAGGUCCAACAGACUACAAACACAACACUCAUAUCGGUAUCACUUCAACCGGUGCCAUCGAAACCAACAACAUCCCAGAUGAAUGGAAAGAGAUAUUCAGACAGGUGGAUCAAGCUUUGAAAUCUCUUGGCAAGAAGGGUGUCUCGAGAAAAGAGGCCGCACUCAUCUUGAACGCAGUACUUGCUGGCCAAGCACCAGCAGGAACAAAGUCUCUCCGUAGCACACCGGGCACUCCACCCUCGCUUCCACCAAAGCCGACCUCUCCAUCCACAGUCCAGACUCAGUCCACUGUCAAUUUGAACAAAUCGACACCAUCCAAUACCUCGGCAACUAGCUUCACAAGCUCACUGUCCACCUCAAGUCAAGCAACGGCGGUCAAACCAAAGCCACUUAUCCCAACCACUCCACCACCAAGCUUGCCCAAGCAUCAGUCCAAUGCCAGCCUCACUACCAGUACAAGCACAACCAGCUCUGCCAACAGUACGCCAAACAAGGCAUCGCCAAUGAUUUCUUCUACAAACAACACUAUCAGUGUCUUUGAGCACGAGCAACUGAAGGACAAGCUCAGACAGAGUGAGCAACGACUCAAGAGUCUUGAGCAGUCUGCCAAAACAAACAAUGUCAGUCAGUUUGAGCAUGACCAAUUGAAGGACAAGCUCAGGGAGACAGAGACAAGACUCAAG